CCCCCGGGCCCUAACCUCAUAGCUGCCUGUAGGGGUUGCUGCUCUUUAAAGAGGGCGGCUCUGGACCCCAGGACUCCAGGACCGUGAUAUCUAAGGUGCUCCAAACACCCCCUGCCUAGCUGACGGUCCCUGCCCACAGUCACGCUGGAGCACGCUUUGAGCAAAGGGCUCUGGUUUUAUUUUUGGAGUGGCAUGGAGACUGUUCCUUCCAUUUGUAGUUAGGGUGUAGUUCAGCACAAGAUGAGACUCCCCUUCUGACACUCCAGGCUGGGACUUGCAGGCAGCAGCCAGUACCCCCCCAACCAGCACUCACACAGGGUAUUCAGUCAAAAGUGAGUUUGUCAUCUGUGAUCACUACUUCCUGGGGGUUGAAAUGCUGAUGGCGGUCAGUUACAGCGCUGCCUCUCAGCCAGGCCUGCAGUCCCAGCAGCACCCCCCGCCCCUGCUGCCCAAGCCCGGCAGGGACAAUGCCCGGCUACAGAAACUGCUCAAGAAGUCCGCCAAGAAGAAGGCAGCCGCGCAGUCCGCGCAGACCCCGGUGCCGUUCCGCGCCAGCCUCUCUCCCGUGAGUGAGGCCAGCCCUGACCUCGAGCGCAGCGACCACUCCACUCCGCCCAAGACGCCGGAGACACCCGCCUACGGCGGCACUCUGUACCCCAGGGUCAACGUCCGAUCAGUGUACCAGCACAUGCCAUCUCCUUACCCGUAUCCGAGGAGCAAAACUUACAGUCCGAUAGGAAGGCUUUCUCCGCUGUCCUACUCUCCCCCAGUCAUCAACUUUCACCAGGCAAGCCAACACUUCACAUACACAGCACCUUCCCCAACAGCUCCACCCCUGGCUCAACUUUCGGUUCCCAUUUCAGCUGAAGCUCCGAAGCCAGCUCCCACCCCAUCAUCAAUAUCAUUAUCAACUUACACAACUCUGUCACCUCAUGGAGCCUCUACUCCUGGUCUAGCUUCAGUCCCGGUUCAAGCGCCUUCACCCACAUCAGCUUCAGCUCCACAGGCAAAGCGUCCCAGGCAUACCCAUGAUUCAGAACCAAAAAGUCCUGAAGCUGUACCUUCAAAGGUAAUGGCCUCUCAAUCAGGUGGGAUUCUAAUGGCUGCCAAAUCUAUCAAUCCUCAAAUUACCAUCUUUGAACUCACAAAGCCCAAGAAACCUAUCUUUGAGGUUCCCCAAAUAAGGAUAUACACAUCUAAGGUAUCGGAUCAUGAGAUGUCUCAGUCACCUGUGUAUUACAGAACACAAUCUCCUUUAAUACUCAGGAGUACAACACCAACAUUUGAAAUAAAACGAGUGAAAACACCAACUUAUGAAAUGAGGAGGGCAGCAACCCCAACACCUGAAAUAAAAAGAGUAGCAACUCCAACAUAUGAAGUGAAACGAAUACCAACUCCUUCAUUUGUUAUUAAAAGAGGUACAACCCCAACCUCUGAAAUAAAAAGAAGUACAACUCCAAUAUCUGAAGUUAAAACAGGUACAACUCCAACAUCUGAAGUCAAAAGAGGGACAACCCCAACAUCUGAAAUCAAAAGAAGUACAACUCCAACAUCUGAAGUCAAAAGAGGUGCAACACCUUCUUAUGAGGUUCCAUUGGCACUAAUAGCCUCAGGCCGUCCAAAGACACCAUCCCGAGCAAAGACACCUGUUUUUGAAAUAUCAAAACCUAAUCCUCUGUUAUUUGCGGCCUAUUCUCCUGUGAGCUCCACCCCGGAUGUGCAGACCCCGACAGAAAAAACAGACAACGAGAGAAGCAAAACUCCCACAUCCAUUGCUGUUGCUGUUGCUGCUGAAACACCUUUAGCUGAUGUUGCAUCUGAGGUCACUGCUACACACAAGCAGCCAAAGGCUGACGAUUUAAGCUAUACAAUUCCAAAUGGUCUGCCUCCGCUGAAUACAACUUCACCGGAAACUUCUAUGUAUACAGCUCUAACACCCAAGAGUCCUUCCCAUGAAGCAACUACUCCUACAAUCCAGCCUAGCUUCCAAAGACCCAAGACUCCAACAUAUGAAGGACGCCAAUCUGUAUCCCCCUCAGUUGGAUAUCAAAGGUCAAGGACGCCAACAUAUGAAGCAUACAAACCUAAACCUAAAUCAAAGUAUUAUGGAUUGACUCCAUCUGAGUAUGCCGCAUAUGGAGGAAUCCGGACUAUUUCACCAACCUUUGGUACAUCUAGGCCUAAGACACCUACCAACGGGGUGUCUGAAAUAUCUCCUCCAUGUAAUGACAUCUCUGCACCCGAAUCCUCCUCUAAAGAAGCACAGAGGCCCAAAACACCUCCCAGCAAAACAACAGUCGCAGCUUCUACAAAUAACUCUUCAAUGCCUCAGAUCUUAGUAAAUGAAAUUACCCCUAAAGUCUUAACACCAAAGAUACCAGCUGAUGAGGUGAGGCCAGUGGAGAAGGCAGAAACACCACAAACAGCAUUAUCUGAAGCAGAGGAGGCACCAAAAUCACCGUUAAGGGUUAAAACCCCUACUUAUGGAAUGCAGGGUGCGGCGACGACGCCUCCAGAGCCACCAAAAGCUAAAACACCAACUUUGGAGAUGCAAAGACCCAAAACACCAAUCGCUCCAGUUACACAAGCCACCGCUGGAGUACCAAGUAUUGAAAUGGAAGCUUUGGAAGUGCAUGUCAAAACCGUGACUUUAGAUGCAGAACAUGUGAGGGAGGAAGUUCCACCAGAGAAAGUUCCCAUCAAGGAAGAGACAGCAGCUGUACCAUCGACAGCAGGCAAGGAGGCUCAGGGAGAGGAUUCAGUCUCCAAAGCACAACCUCUGCUGAAGGCAAUGAAGAAACCGCAGGGCCUGAAGUCCAAACUCAGCGGCUGGUCGCGCCUCAAGAAGCACAUGGUGGUGGAAAUGGAGGAGCCCAAAUUUCCAGAGCCUGACGCCACGACAGAAAUCCCUGAUGAUAGUCAAGAGCAGAAGAGCACACAAGGGUCUGAGGAAGCGUCUUCAGAAGCCAGUGGGCAGUCGGCAAAGGGCAAACCGAGGGCCACCAAGAUGUGGGACGCUGUGCUGUUCCAGAUGUUCUCGACUGAGGAGAGCAUCAUGCAGCAGAUCAGCAACAACGAGGAGGCAGAGAAACCCGCAGUGAAGGAAAAGCCAAAGGACAUCCCAAAAUUUGUCCAUCGGCUGCCUCUCCUCCUGUACAGCCCCAGGUUUGACGCCAGGAAGCUGAAGGAAGCUGCUUCGCGGCCGCUCACUAAAAUAUCGGCUGUGUUUGAAAUGGGGCUGCUGAACCGCAAACACCAGGAUGAAGAGCCCAAAGACUUCAACAGAGUUGCCAAAGGGUUUUCUGUCCCAAAAACGAUGGAGGAAUAAUUUGGACUGUUGAAUUAUUCAAAUGGAGGGGAAGCCUUUUGUAAUUAAACGGGGAAGAAUAUAUUGCUUGUCCUGCAAGUUAAGCUGUUUAAAUGUGUCGUCGAAAAUCACGUGAUGAUUGUAAAUCCGAUCAAGCCAUAAUAUUUUAGAAUGUAAUAGCUUUUGUUACAGUAAAUGCACAAUUUGCCAAAUCACAAGUGCUUUCCAAAUUGCAUUGCAUCUUAGUGUGUCAUCUUGAUGUAUUCUGUUUACAGUUGUGAAUUGGCCAGUAGUAGGAAACCAUUACUUACACGGUUUUUACCCAAUCUGCCUUUAAUGAUAUUGGAGGGCUGUCUGGAUCCCUCAAUUUGAAAAUCAUAUUUUAGCAUCUAUGUUUAAAUAAGGGGCCUCUAUGUGAAUAUAAUGUUUCUGACAUACUAUUAGAAAGAUGAUUACAAAGCAGAUGAUAAAAUAAAUAUUUGCAAGUGACUAGUAAAGUCAGAGGUCCCACUAAAAUAUUAAUAUAUUUCCAAUGUAAAAUAAAAUAAAAUCAAAAUCCCUUCAUUCAUUUUACUCAAACCAGUGAGCUUUCACUGACACUGAAUAUCCUUCACUGGUGGAAUCACACUUUGUGGGUUUUACAGUACAGUGGGAACUGUUGAAAAAGUACCUCGCAAAGGAUAUACGUAUAUAAUGUACAUUCUUUGUUAAUAAAUAAAAUACAUAGCCCUGAAACAAAAUUGGCCAUUAUCAUGUUAGUUUAUAAUCUUUUACAAUUACUUUUAAGAUAUUUAAAUAACAAUAGAAUUAAUGCAAAUCCAUCAAUAGCUUUCAUAUAUGAAUUCCAUACUUUUAUUUUUUCAUUUUCUGUUGUGUUCAUUCGUAUUUUUUAGAUAUGCUUUUUUUAUUCUAUUUACAAAAUCGACAAUAUGGUGCUAAUUUCUUACCAAACUAUGAAUCCAAGACACAAUGAAUACCAGAAUUACCUGCUAUUGCUACUUUUGUAAGUAGUGAUGAUAUACAUUGUGCGGAUGAAUCCAUGUAGCUUAGCUUUAGUUCCAUUCUCUCUGUGCUUUUGAAUGGUGAAUAAUGAAUAGGCGUAGGCUUUACUGUUGGUUUAGAUAUAAUAUACAGUAUGCACACGUAUAAUAUAUGCACACAUCCAUGCAUUUGUACACAUUCACCCACGUGCGUGUAUCUACACAUCAUGCACACAUAGACAGCAGCAGACUUCUCACUUCUCGAGUCUGCUGCUCGUACGUGAAUUUGAUGCUUGCCAGGGAGGAAAGAGUGGGCGUGACUGUGUGAGUGGGAGGCAGGACAAAGAUGGUUUUAGCCUUGACAGGGGGCAGGCUGUCUGUGCCAGAUUGGCAGUAGGCCUGGAACACAGUGCAGAGCUGAUGUGCAGGAAGUCCUGAGAGCAGACAUGAUGUCUCAGCACACAGAGCAGCAUGGGUCCUGUGGGGCGACACUAAUGGAACGGACGGCACAGCGUGCAAUGGUUUGGGAAGGUUAAGGAUGUCUUGAAAAAUAAGAGUUUGAACCCCAUAUUACUAUAGAAUGUGGGUGUUUGUGGGGGGAAAAAAGUUGGUUGUUUGCUGUUGUAAGUUCUGGCUAGGAGCAUUGCCCUAAUGCUGCUGCAGACUCUUAAACUGGGCUUGUGCCAGGGUGAACAGAAAUGGAAAAUAAUGGUUAAUAAUUCCCAAAUAUGGGAUGGGGAUGAGUGAUGGGAAGAAGUAAGUAAUUAAAAACUAAUUCUUCCAAUGCAUGUGUCGAUAGCGCUAGCACUACUUGUUUCCCUCUUUUCAAUAUUGAAAAUAAGCUGUUUCAUAUAAAAAGCUGAUCUUUAAGAUAAUACUCAAAGCUGGCCCUUGCAGGCAAUAGUACUGUUGGUUUUUAUUCUUUCCCUUUAAUCUGAUUUAAACCUGGGGCAGGUGGGCUAUAUCUCUCACUAGUCAGUGGCAUUCAUCAGUAAAUUAAUUAGACAAGCAAUGCUAUUGGCUGCGAGGGCCAGAUUUGCAAUCCCUUAAUGUAAUAAUGUGUGUAGUAUGCCUAUGCGCAGUGUAUUUAUAAAGCUAUGAGGAUAAUAUCCAAUAUUUGCUUUGUCUGAAAAUAUGGAGGGGUGCUUUAUUGCUUAAAUCAGAGAACUCAGAAGAGUAUUACAUAAUUACAAAUAGUUUUCAGAGUAAUUUUACACUGAACACUGACUGGAUACUGAAGUUUACAGUUCCUGAAGUUUAUUUCCCACCAAAAAAAAAAAGGAAACAAUAACUCUGAAUACUCUCAAUAUUCACUAGGAAUGACCCCUAAACAGGAAGUACAUUUACAGGGGUUGAAAGUUUAAUUUGGUACCUGUAUAUAAGAUUGUAUAAAAAUGUGUAUUGUUAAAUUAUGUCUGUCUGUAAUCAGCAUCCAUUUCUGUAAGUAAAUUUCAAACAAAAAAUAA